CAUCCGCCCCCGAACCCCCUCGCCGGCCGCCCCGCGGCCCCCGCCUCAUCCCGCUAUGGGGCCGCGGCACCUGCUGCUGCCGUUGCUCCUGCUCUCCCUGCAGCUCCUGGCCCUGCUGCCGGCCGCGCAGGCGGCCGGGCCCCCCCGCGCCAAGGGCAACCGGACCCAGGGGGCGGCGGCUCCGCGGCGGACCCCCAAGCCGGGCAAGGAGCUCCUCAACCAGACGCUGGCGGGCCCGGGGGCGGCCGCCCCCACGGCGCUGCCCGGGCGAGGGAAGGGCGCGGGGGGCGGCAAGACGCCCCCCGGAGGCGGGGGCGGCGGCGGGAGCUCGGCACCGGCGCACGAGACGUGCUGGGGGUACUACGACGUGAGCGGGCAGUGGGACAAGGAGUUCGAGUGCAACAACAGCCUGACGGGCUUCCGCUACUGCUGCGGCACCUGCUUCUACCGCUUCUGCUGCAACAAGCGCGCCGAGAAGCUCAACCAGAGCCUGUGCCGCAACUACAAGAGCCCCGAGUGGGCCCACCCCACCACGGCCAGCGGCGCGCUGCCCGCCGACGGCAGCAACGGCGCCGACGGGGACGCCAACAAGUACGACCCAGACAAGGACAGCACCAACGCCACCGUCUACAUCUCGUGCGGGGCCAUCGCCUUUGUGCUCAUCGCCGGUGUCUUUGCUAAGGUGGCCUACGACAAGGCGCGGCGCCCGCCGCGGGAGAUGAACAUACACAGGGCUCUGGCUGACAUCUUAAGGCAGCAGGGACCAAUCCCAAUAGCACACUGUGAAAGAGAAACUAUCUCGGCCAUAGAUACCUCCCCCAAAGAAAACACUCCAGUCCGGACAUCUUCCAAAAACCAUUACACCCCUGUGCGCACCUCCAAGAGCAAUGCAAGUCACUAUGGAAAGGAUAUUUAUCGAAGUGGAGGGCCAGAUCUCCAUAAUUUCAUCUCCUCCGGGUUUGUCACAUUAGGACGAGGACACACGAAGGAUGACCAAGAACAAAAUUAUAAUCACCUGAUACUAAACAGUGCCACCCAGACACCUACACAUGACAAGCCACGGAUGAACAACAUCCUUACUUCUGCCACCGAACCUUACGAUCUGUCCUUCUCCCGGUCCUUCCAGAACCUCUCUCACCUCCCACCAUCCUACGAGUCUGCCGUCAAGACAAACCCAAGUAAAUAUUCUUCUCUGAAGAGACUAACUGACAAAGAGGCUGAUGAGUACUACAUGAGGAGGAGACACCUGCCUGACCUGGCAGCCCGGGGCACGCUCCCCAUCAACGUCAUCAAAAUGUCUCAACAGACCAACCACAGGGACAGGCCCCGCCGUCCCAUCAGGGCCAUGUCCCAGGACAGGGUGCUGUCUCCUGAGAGGAUCAUGCCUGAGGAGUUUAGCAUGUCCUAUGAAAGGAUCCUCUCAGAUGAACAGCUUCUGUCCGCGGAGCGUCUCCACUCCCAGGACCCUCUGCUCUCCCCGGAGCGGUCGGGAUACCCCGAGCAGUCCAUGUCACGGGCACUGUCACACACAGACGUCUUUGUUUCAACACCUGUCUUGGAUCGCUACAGGAUGACAAAAAUGCACUCCCAUCCUAGUGCCUCAAAUAACUUGUACAAUACCUUAGGGAUGAACCCAACAUCCGCCAAGCGCCAAGCGUUCGCCUCCCGACGGCACAACACGGUAGAACAACUGCAUUAUAUUCCAGGACACCACCACCACUACCGCACAGCGAGCAAAACAGAAGUGACUGUUUGAUAUGACUUCAAGCAUUGUAGAUAUUCAUCAAGGACUGGGGUGGCCACAGCACCCCAUACUGCAGUGGCCUUAUAGGCCAAGAUAACCUCUAAUAACUCAGUGUCUGGAAAGAUUUCUCUGGCAGUCCCAUCCACAUUGUUUUUAAAGUCGCCUCUACAUCGAUUGCAUAAGAAGAACCCAACCAAACUGAAAAUAGUGAGGGAUAAUGGAGGAAACUUCCUGACGUGCAUCAGUUUCUGUCAAAGAAAGCCAUAGUAAGUAGAUGGCUCCUUCCAAGGGCUCACCUACAUUAUCUUAUUAUUUUUAUCAGUUUAAGACUUUUCAGCUGCUACAAGCAGAACCAGUCUCAUGCAGCCCAUGACAGGGAGGAGGAAAUGCAGCGCUCCAUCCUGGCAGGAAGGGGCCCUGUUCUCAUCCCUCAUGCCAGUCUUCACGGCUGACCUUUCAGUAGCAAGUAGGUCAGCUUCUGGCAGCUGAGGAUCACCUCCAGACCACUCAGUACCAGCCAGCACCCAUCCAUCUGUUCUUCCUCACCCUUGGAACAAAUUCAAGGGCAGACUUUCCUAAGGGACUGGCAGAUCUAGGGACAAGAAUAGCCUGGCUGAGAAAUAAAGAUUUAGUUUAUAUUAAAUAUACUCAUAAGAUAAAAAAAAAUAUACUAGUGCCUACAAAUCGCCUGCUCUCUCAGUGUAGGAAGUAGUGGGGUUGAUGUGUUCAAUAAGCACAAAUAUACUGAAAUGCUUGUUAGACCCCUUCUCCACUCAUUCUAUUAUCUUACUGUCUCCAACAUGUAAAUAGGAAGGAGGAACAGCCUAUCUCUCCUCCAGCUUCUUGCCACUGCUGAGGCUUUAGUGCCAGAAUUUGUUCAGCUUCACUCUGCUGACCUGCGCUGGGGGCAGUGCUGACUCCACCAACACCCCUGCCAGGAAAGGCUACUGUGGGUUUCAUCUGAAUUUCUCCCCAGGAGUUUCUUUCCCUGACAGCAUUUUCCACCAGUCCAAUUCCUGUUUCGCAACGUGUUUCUUUCUUUUAGUUGUGACCUAGAACACUGUAUGUAGCAAAUCUCUUUCCAGACCUUAGCAGAACAGAGAGUACCUGUCUACAGAAAAGCAAGUUGGUAAUUUUCCAUGCUUGUCUUACCAUAUAAUGGCCCCAGAAGAAACCUUCCAAAUUCCAAUUCCACCGAGUCCCACUUCUAACCACACAGACAUUUCAUUCCGUUCCAUUUCAUGCAUAUAAAUUAUAUAUCCAGCAUAACUAUAAUAAACGGGCAUGUUUAUAUCCGAUAUAAUGGUAAUUAGAUAAUGUAUAUUUGUAAAAUCUUUUAAGAAUAGACUAGUGGGCCCAGAAUUUGUGAGGGUUUUACCUCUGGCUUUCUACACAGAUUGAGAUCUGCUCUGGAUUUUUGUUGUUGUCAUUGUUGUUGUCGUUCCUUUUUAAAUUAUUAUUAUUUGUUUUCCUUUUAUUUGUGCUCCUUUCAAAUCCUGUGGAACCAACUCACAGUAGAACUUUCUUUGGCCAGGAAAGGGUCUCCAGUUCUGAAGGCCACCCAGCCCCAGUGCUGUAGCUGUCCAUGGUGUGAACUCAGAGCCCCAGCACAUGUGCACCCAUGCACCAAUCUAAAGGAUAGGCACGAUCCCUCUGUGGUGUAAAAGGAUGACUGACUUUAGACUGUAAACACAUUUCCAUACGGCACAUCUCUCUCAUGUCCUCACCCUGAGUCACUUUCAACUUGCUCUUAAGCAAACACUGUCUAAAUUAGCUCUGUCCUCCUCCUCCCCACAAAUACCUCCUGCCUCUUGGCCUUAAUGAUGUUCCCAGCUCAAUACUGCAUACAGUGAUUGUAGGUUGUAAGCCUGAGACUCAUGCAGGGGCUCAUGAUGGUUCUUCUGGUGCAGGAUAGGCAGGAGGAGCAUGCUGUCUAUUCCAGGUGAGAAAUAGGCUUCAGUGGGGUGGCCAUGUUGGCUUUCACUGUGAUAGUUUUCAAAAGAGAACUGAGGCCCUUCUCUUUCCCAGACCAUGCUGUGGUUGCUGCUCCUAGUUCAUGGGCUUUCUUCCCCAGCUGAUGGAGACUGUGUUUGGAAUAGACUCCUUUUGAGAGAAGUACUGGGGCUUUGUUUGACGGAAACUGAGCUGGAAAGGACCAAAUAAGGACCUAUAUGUGAUCUAAGUGGCCAUUACCAUGCAGCCUUGGGCAAAGCCGUUCUGGGCAAAAAACAGAACUGUGUGUGGAUCAGAGUUGAAGUCUAUUGGUGUGGGAGCAACAAGUGAGAAAAGGCUCACACCUCAUCUUCUGACCUUUUGCUUUGAUGGACACUCCUCUCCCCUGACUACCUCCCAGCUCCUCAGUUCAGUCAUGGGAUAUUUCUUCACUUCAUUCCUUGCAGCCAGAAGUUUGUGAUUGAUUUGAAGAGAAGAAAAAUACACAUGACUGACAGGGAGGCAGUCCCUGCUAAGUUUCCAGGGCUCUUCCAUUCAUUUCUGUUCCAGACAAAGCCAGGAUUUUCCCCUCUGCAAGCAGAGAGAUGUGAACACUGUGGGAGAGGAGAGUCCACCCUAAAGUCUGCAGGAGCUGAGGUGGCAGAGCUGGAGAACCAGAAGCAACCAUGUGAGGCUCUGGGUAGGUCAACACACUCUCCAUCUCUAUAGCUGUUUGUCCCAAGCUCUCAUCUUUGUCUAAGUGUUCAGUUUGUCAACUAAGAAGCUGCUGGACCAGAUGCAAAUAUGGAAGCUUUCCAUCCAAGUAGCCCAUGCUAUACUGUGCCCCAGGCCUUUUCACCUCUGCGCCUUCUCUUAUUCUGACUGACCAACAUCACAGGCCUUCUGCUAACUUGUCGAUAAUCCUCCAAAGAAAUCUUGUCCCCAUCUCUUCACCUCUUCCACCCACACAACAGUUUCAAGCAGUUGUGUCCUGUUAGAACUAUCAAACAGCCUUUCUAAGCCAAAUUUCUCCUGAGACUGCCACUACCAGACAAAUUUCAGCAAAUUUCUUUCAGAAGGCAACAAGGCCCGAAUGGCUGCAACUUCUUCUGGGCACUGUGUGUUGGAAUGGGUUGGUAGAUAAAGUAGUGGCAUGUCAGCACAUACAGGUGUUCUUACAUGACUUUGCUCCUUUUUCUGAGGGUUUGUCACCAAAAUGGCACUUGGUCCAAGACUGGGAGUCAUGGUACAUGGUCUGGUCCCUAGCAUUUCUGUUUUCUGUUGUCAACACACAAUGAUAUAGCAACACUUUCCUAUUCCACAGAGGCAUUAUGAGGGUCCAUACCAUGUCUUUGAAGUGCUUUGAGACCCUCUCACAACAGACACUGUAGAAGAGAAAAACGUUUUUAUUACUGUUGUUUGUCACCAUUGUCCUGCCACAUCGUGUCUGAUGUGUUGCAAUCCAGUCUAUCCAGAACGAGAGUGCUGGGGUAGGGGGGAUGCAGCCCCCCAGACUUCACACUGCUUUCCUUCUGGUCAUGCUCCCACUAGCAGGCAGCAGCUCUGAGGAACACUGUUACCUGCACUGUGACUUUCCUGCUUUCUCCUCUUGUCUGAGUCCCCAUUUCGUUCUGCACUCAGGACAAAAGCAGGAAGCAGUCACAUUCCUCUGUACAGUAAGAUAUGAUCUGCCUUGAUUAAUCUAAUGUACUCUGAAGAAUUGAUCUGUCUUUUUCUCCAACUCACAGGUGGAAAUACAUCUGUGGAGCAUCCAGUUCCAAGUGUGCAUGUGCAGGGACUGGGGGAGGGUGAUGUAGAAAGGUUUAUAUUCUUUCCUACAAACUGAUAAUUAUUUGCAUUCCCCAAGCAGCGACACUUAAUAGUGCGCUGCACUGGGUUUUAUAUAAUUACAUAUCUCAAUUGAUACAGAUACGUGUAUGUUUAUGGGUAUACACAUAAACACGCAUCUAUACGUACAUACCGUAAAAUGCAGUCGUAAAGUUCUAAUUGACCCUGUAUCAAUCUAACCUUCCAAAAUGUACUGACCCACUCUUUGAAAUGUGGAAAACUGUUUUUAAUGAACUGUGCAGGUGACCAUAUGGAACAGAAGUUUUGUCAUAGAAGGCUACUAAUGACAGUGAAUUGCAUUUUAAGGAAAAACAAAAUAUUUUUCAGAGUUUUAAUGUUCCUUUUAUAAAUGAGAUUCUCUUUCUUGGGGACGGGGGUGGGUGGGAGAAAAAGUUAUGCAGAAAUAAGCCCUCCUUUCCUGGCCUAGAUUUAUGUUCUGCUAACCCAGCUGGCUGCAGUGCUAAUCCCAUAAAUCUGGGCUUUGAGCAUGCGUAUUUCUCUGCUUUGGUCUAUCAGAAGCUUUCUCACCACAAGUCUGCAAGAGCCUGCGUUGAGUUUUUGUAAGAGAUACGUAGGUCCUAAUCAGCGGGAAGAUUUCUUCACCUUCUUCCUCCACAUCAAAUGAAAUCACCAUGAAACAGGGUAACUUUAAUUGUGUUUGAAGUAAGCAUUCUAGUUUGUUAACAAUUUGCCAUCUGCAGUUCACGUGAUGGAGAAGUAGCUUAGUUUUGUUUCGAACUCAGCUGAAUUAUAUUUAACACAUACAGAUUUCACGUCCAAGUAUAUUUCAGUCCAGUAAGAAGUUAGUGGGGGGAAUAUGUGAGCAGGAGGCUGAAAUAUUUGUCCUACAAAGUGUUGCUAGCAAUAAGCCUGUGCUGGGGCUGCUUCUUAGAGAACGGUUGCUCGUGUGUUGUGAACAGAUGGUGGAAGGUGCUGCUCACAGCUUCUCCUAACUGGCUCAAGGCUGCCAAGGAGGUGCCCUCAAAGAGCCCAGAUCCCAAUUGGGAAAACCAACCUACACUUCACCUCUCGGUGGUGAGGGGAGACUCAGACCGAUGACAGGAGCGUGUCGGAAUAAAUCUGGAAAUGAAAUCUCAGCAGCAAGGAAGGCAACGUCUCACACCUCCACCAUGACCUGUGAUGUCCAGGAGGUCUCGGCCGGAGGAGACACGUGUUGCCCCAUCCCCACCCUCUGCCCAUGUGCUUUGUAUCCACUCCCAACCUUCUGUCUGUAAACCUGUUAGGCAUUUUUGUAGCAAGAAUUCCUUGGCUCCGAGAAAGACACUUCUUACUGUAAUAUUUUUAGUUUGGGGGACAAUAUUUCCUAAGAGGGGUUAAGUGGAUAUUUUUGUGCUUUAGCCCAGUUUAUGGAUUCCAUGUUUAUUAUACAGUAGUACUGAAGAGGAAGUACGUUUGUAUCUAUAACUUUGCACAGACUCUUGGUUAACCAUUAAAGAGGCUUCAAGACGAGCAGUAUUUGACUGUUUUUCUCUGUAUUAUUCUUGUUGUUAUACUUACCCGUAAAAGCACAUUCUGUAUGUACUGUAAACAAAAAUAUUAUCAGUUUAGUAAAAUUUAGUCUUAAGGAUUUUUCCACUUUUGUCAGUAACGAAUAUUUAUGGAUUCAAAAAUAAAGGCAAUUUCAACAUAUAAAUUGUUUCCUUUUGAUAUCUAUUGGGGAAAAAAUAAAAGGCCAUUUUCCUGGCAGCCUUCCCAACCUUUGUAACCAGCGUUUGAAAGGUAGAUAUCUAUAUUUCUGUGUGUACUUAAAUAGCACCUAUUAAAAUGAAAGCUACAAGGUC